UCCAUUUAAGAGAAACCGCACUAUUCCCAGGGCCAGUAAGCUCAAUGGGUUGAAUGCCCUACUAGGGAUCCUGGUGGCCCAUGAGCCCAAUGCUGACCAACACAAUCCCGGCAGCCCGACGCAUCGAGUUAGCCCCCCAGAGUUGAGUGAGCACUGACAAGUAGGACGACCGACUGUGCAAUGAGAAACGGUUGAGAAUUUGUUGUAUAAGAACACAAAACAAACUGGAUGAAAGAUAGCAAAUGGCUUCAACUAUGACUCUACAACUUCAUGCGGUUUCUUUUCCGGUAAUAGAUUUCAAAAUUGAUUCUUCGUUUUUUGCGUCGGCGCACUUUAAUUGAUCUCUUUUAUUCGCACAUGGAUUUGAUUUAGAGUUUAUAUUGUGUUGGGAAGCAUCGAAUUGCGCCAAAUGAAGUGGAACUUAAGACCGUAUUGGGGUUUCAUUGUCAAUGCCUAAGUUGGAAUCGACAACAGAAGACGUAUCCGAGGUUUGUAUUGAGGGCGUUUGGUGAUUCAGCAAGUUCUGAAGAAGAUAAGCGCAUUCAUGAUGAAGCAAUUGUCGUAAAGACUCGGACAGAAAACGUGGAGGAUUCCCGAAACCCUGUUUCAAGAUGGAAACACACUAUUAGUUCUCUCCCUCCUGCUAUUUUCUUGAUGAGAAGGUAUUCUGGUAACAAUUUCGCUGUGGGGAUAUGUGUUGCGGCAACCUUAUUUGUCAUUGCUGUGAGAUUUUAUGUGGCGAGGAAGUCUAGGUACAGUCGCCCUGGCUCUGUAACUGAUCUUGUCAGGCGUGGCCAGCUAAGAUCUGAUAGAAGAGGCAUCUCAAGGCCUCUGAAAUAUGAAGACCCAUUCAAUAACCCAUUGGUGAAAAUUGGUAAGAGCAAUUCCACCAUUGAGAUGUGUGGAAAGGUAUAUCGUUUAGCACCAGUGACUCUUACAAAAGAGCAACAAGAUAUACAUCAGAAAAGGAGGUCACGUGCGUAUCAGUGGAAGAGACCCACAAUGUUUCUUAGAGAAGGGGAUUCAAUACCGCCCGAUGUGGACCCUGAUACAGUCAGGUGGAUCCCAGCAAAUCAUCCUUUUGCAACUACUGCAAGUGACAUCGAUGAAGAUUUAGCACAAAACAACGUGUAUCAGAAGCAUGGUGUUCCAUUCCGUAUUCAAGCUGAGCAUGAGGCACUUCAAAGAAAGCUUGAAGCCCUACAAAGUGAGCAAAAAUUAAAUAAUUUAUUUGUUGAUCCUGGAGUCGCCAAAGAUUUUGAGAGACCUUCCAAAUUCCAUCUGAAGUCUGAUGAGCAGAAAGAACAGAAUCCUUCUAAUAGUCAAGGGAGCUCUAAGCCUCCCGAAACAGAUCGUGCUCACAAUCCCUUUGAAAGCAUUUGACCUCUGAGGGGGUGUGGAAGAUCCAACCUUCAUCUGAUUCCCAGCAAUAUUCUCCUAACCUUCAUAAGUUUUGUGCACUGUGGAGACCAAAAGUUAGAGUUUUAAGAAAGAAAAAGCCGAGUUGUUCAUUUAGUGGAACCAGUUUUGAGUCCUCGUGUUGCCAAGUUCAGAGAUCUAGUUUGAAAGCAGUGAAGACUGGAGAAUGAGUAGAAUCUAGUGUUUUAUAUGUUUCAGAAAAAAAGGUUUUAUCUAUCUUUACACACAAUUGCAUUGUAUAUUUGUUGAGAGCUUGGUGUUGGCAAUAUAUUUGUAAAGGGACAAUGAUAUCAUCCAAUCCAAACUCUAGUAUAACUUCAGCACUGAUUCACUUGUUCGUGACAAUUGCUGGUUUUCCUUUUGUAUCAUAUGCACUGAAU